ACUGUUGAAAUGUUCAAAAUGGUUCAAAAUAAAAUUUUGACAUUUGUAGGAAUGUUUAACUAAACAUUAUUGAGCUGAUGAAAUUUUAUAACGUUAAUUAAAAAAAACUGGUUUUUAUUCAGAAAAAUGCCUGUUAGGAAUUUUAUAACUAGCCUGCAUUAGGCAUGUCGUGCUUUUUAUACGCUGAACCUUGAUAGUAUGUACGUCUUGGGAUUUAUAUAAACCUAACCUAUAACUUUGUGACUUUUCAGCAAUAAUAAUGUGAAAUAGAAAUUCUAAAACAAUUUAACUUUCUGUGUGGGGUGAAUUAUUAGCCUACGAUAAAAUGAAGAAGAAAGUUACAGAGGUGUUGCCACGCACGAGAGGCGGUGAGGAGGCGCUUGUGCGUUUAUAACGGUGCUGCACCAUGACGGUGGACACGAGCGUGGCCGUGAGUGGCUGCCACGCCCAGUGCGUGCGGCUCAGCCAGGUGCGGAUGUCGCGCAUCAUCCUGAUGCUGUGCGUGAUGCUGGUAGGGGCCCCUCUCGUCUACCACUACUACCUCUCCCAGGUGGAGGGGGCAGUGCCCAGCAGCGACGUGCACCGCACGCGCUCCAAGCUGGAGGCCCUUGAUGAUUUCAGCUCCCUCAAGGCCUCUGACCUCAAGAUGCGCAUUGAGGAACUGCUUAGGAUUAAAGGCUCGGUGAGCUCGGAGCUGCGGGACCUGGAGGGGCGGAAGCAGCGCCUGCACCAGGAGAUGGCGGGCUACACGCAGCACAUCGAGGAGCUCAAGCUGGAGCUGUCGCACCAGCAGACCGAGCUGGAGAGGCUCAAGAUCUCUGUCGAGCAGGCCCAAGUCGCCCAGAGAGAGGCGCUCCAGGAGAACACCCCCGAGCUGGCCUUGCCGCGGAGGCUGCUGCCGCUCUCCGCGCCGGACCCCCUCCCCUCCCCGCGCGGGCGGGAGGCGUCCGACUGCCGCAUGUACAACUGCUUCGACCACUCGCGCUGCUCCCUCACCUCCGGCUUCCCGGUCUACCUGUACGACCCCGACCGCCACCCGGUGGUGGGCCCCGGCUGGGAGGUGGAAGGGUUCGUCAAGAUGACCUUGAAGCAGACGCUCGGGUACAACCCUCACCUGACGCCGGACCCAGCGUCUGCCUGCAUCUACCUGGUCCUGGUUGGGGAGGCCCUCACCAAGACGUGGCCCAACAUCACGGCGGUCACGCUGAUGGAGGAGAAGCUGCGUCGCCUGCCGCACUGGGGCGGCGACGGCCGCAACCACGUCCUCCUGAACCUGGCUCGCAGCGGGAGCCUGCGCGAGGGCAAGGACUCGUCCACCGGCGGACGGGAUGUCUUCCACGGGGUGGACACCGGCCGGGCCAUCCUCGUCCAGUCCACCUUCCGGCGCCGCGGCUAUCGCCCGGGGUUCGACGUCGUGUCCCCGCCCAUCCUGGGGCCUCCCGGCGGAGACGUCUGGCAGGACGCCCCCACGAUGCUGCCGGCCCGCCGCAAGCACCUCCUGUCGUUCCAGGGGGAGUUCUUCAGAGCGCAGGGCUCGACCUCGAAGGUGGUCGAGCGGACGGAUGCGUACGACGACACGGACGCGGAUCGGGGAGAGAGGAGCCGGCCGCCGGAUAUCCACGGCUUCAUCGUGGACCACCUGACGAGCAUGGCCUAUGGCGAGACGAUGGACAGCUUCCUGUUCCACUUCGAGUGCUCGGUGAGCGGUGGACGGCUGCUCCCGAGGCGUGGGCCGACCGACUGGAAGGCGGCGGGGGUGCAGGCGGCGGGGGACUGGGCGCUGUGCGGCACAGAGUCGUCUCGCGCGACCGUUCUGAGGGAGUCGACGUUCGCGCUGGUGAUGUCGGCGGCGGGCCAGGAGAUGGUGUCGACCACUGCCGUGCAGAUGCGCGUGUACGAGGCGCUCAAGGCAGGGGCCGUGCCAGUGCUCCUGGGAGGGGAUAUGGUCGAGCUGCCUUACGGUGAGGUGGUCGACUGGAGGCGCGCUGCUCUCUUCCUGCCCAAGGCCCGCAUCACGGAGCUGCACUUCUUCCUGCGCACGAUCCCGGACGCGGACAUCCUGUCUCUGCGCCGCCAGGGACGCCUCGUGUGGGAGCGCUACUGCUCGUCCGUGCAGAGCGCCGUCGACACAGUGGUGGCGCUCCUGCGGCACAGGGUCGGGGUGCCCCCGCUGCCCGCCGAGGAGGAGCCGUCCCCGAGCAUCUUCAACGCCACCUUCGCCCCCCUGAAGACUGAACCGGUGAUACCGGACGCCGAGCCGGAGGAGAGCCUGGGGCCCAUCGAGCCCCCUUACCCGUCGCCCAGGUUCAGGCGGAACUACACGUACUUCCUGCUGCAGGGUCACGAAGUGUGGAACGAGUGGGGAGACCCGUUUCGCUUGUACCCUCAGCUGCCUUUCGAUCUCAUACUGCCUUCUGACGCAAAGUUCAUCGGUUCUGGCAUGGGGUUCAGGCCUAUCGGCCGGGGGGCCGGCGGAGCGGGGAAGGAGUUCUGCGAAAGCUUGGGGGGAAACUCCCCCAGAGAACAGUUCACCAUUGUCAUGCUGACGUACGAAAGGGAACAGAUCCUGAUCAACUCGUUGAGCAGACUUUAUGGCUUGCCUUACUUGAACAAAGUCAUUGUGGUUUGGAACUCGCCGCGGCCUCCCCUAGAAGAUCUUCGCUGGCCGGAGAUUGGGGUGCCCGUUCACGUGGUGAAGGCCAGCCGAAACAGCCUCAACAACCGGUUCCUGCCGUACGACGCCAUAGAGACAGAGGCGGUCCUGUCGGUGGAUGACGACGCCCAUCUCCGCCAUGACGAGAUCAUGUUUGGCUUCAGGGUGUGGCGAGAGCAGAGGGAUCGCAUUGUGGGGUUCCCGGGACGGUUCCACGCAUGGGACCUCAACCAUGGGGGCUGGCUCUACAACUCCAACUACUCCUGCGAGCUGUCCAUGGUUCUCACAGGAGCGGCGUUCGUCCACAAGUACUACCUCUUCAUGUACUCGUACUGGCUGCCGCAGGCAGUGCGCGACAAGGUGGACGAGUACAUGAACUGCGAGGACAUCGCCAUGAACUUCCUCGUGUCCCACAUCACCAAGAAGCCUCCGGUCAAGGUGACGUCUCGAUGGACGUUCAGGUGCCCGGGUUGUGCGGGCUCCCUGUCGGAGGACGAGACACACUUCAUGGAGCGGCAUAAGUGCAUCAACUUCUUCACCCAGGUGUUCGGCUACACGCCUCUGCUCAACACGCAGUUCCGCGCUGACUCCAUCCUCUUCAAGACGAGGAUACCCCAUGACAAACAGAAGUGCUUCAAGUUCAUAUGAUGUCUGCGCAUGCAUAUAUUUGACUUCACGUAUGGUGCAAGACAAGCUAGUCAGCGAAUGGUGCGGGCGUCUUCAGAAGUGGCCUAUAGUGUCGUGCAGUCUCACUGGAGCAUUCUGCUACGAGCGGUCUCUGGUGUUUGGUACGUAAGGCAUUGGAGUCUUCAGUGUCAACGAUGAAGCCAGAAAUGUUGCAGGCGUCAUCUGAAGAUUUUCACAUGCCUUGGUGUUGCAGUGAAAGCGUGGUGAUGAGUAUGUCCUAGCAGUUCCAAUUAAAUGAAAAAUUAUUAUCUUUGAAAGAUUCGUGCAAUGGGAGUGCAUGACUUGAUGUAAGCUUUUGGACAUACGCCAUUGCUAAGCACAUGUAUGUCUGUAGAAGAAAACUACAAAAAACACAAAUGACUAAAACACAUAUGAUAUAAACACAAAUUAAGCAAAAAAUUGCUGUUGUCAGGCUUGUUUCUGUUUUAGAAAAAUGUUGUGUUUGUUUCUGCUUUUCGUUUUGUCGUGUUUUUGUCUCGUUUUGACUGUUGUGCUGAAUUUUUUUGGGUUCAAUAUUUUUGUGCUGUCAUCAUUUGUGGGGGUUUUUUCGUUCUCUUCUGUUUUUGGAAAACUAUUGUGUUGGUUUCAUCUUUUCGUUUUGCUGUGUUUUUGUCUCGUUUCAACUGUUGUGCUGAAUUUUUUGGGUUCGGUAUUUUUGUGCUGUCAUCAUUUGUGGGAGUUUUUUCGUUCUGUUAGCCCAUUUUUCUUUGUUUGUUGACCAUAUUCCUGUUGUGGAGUAUUGUGUGGUGUUUAUAUCCUGACAACAGCAAUUUUUUGCUUAAUUUGUGUUUUUAUCAUAUGUGUUUUUGUCAUUUGUGUUUUUUGUAGUUUUCUUCUACAGACAUACAUGUGCUUAGCAAUGGCGUACGUCCAAAAGCUUACAUCAAGUUAAAUGAUAAAUUAUCAUAAUUUUAAGGAAAUAUUUUAGAUAAAUUAUUUUGUUAGAAACCUUUUAUUUACAGGUAUGGUGUACGAUUAUUCCAUCUCUCUUGAAGAUUUAAUGAUUUUUUUAUUUUAUUUUAAAGGUUUUGGACAUUCAUAUCUUUCAAUUGAUAUUGGGAUGAGUGAUAAUAAAGGAGUACUUUAUAAUUAAUUAUGUUCUUUUCAUCUCCGAUAAAAAUUUCUCUCUUGUAAUAUAUUAUGUAUUUUAUGUUUGUUGACUAAAGAUAAGACAUGUAUUUGCAAAUUAGUCAGUAUCAACAAUCAAAUAUUUUAUUUAAUUUUGCUAUACAAUUUAAAGUUUAGACAGUUAUAUUUAUACAUACACACCCACAUACGUGAGUACGUAGUGAUUAAUUUUUCUUGCAAAGAGCAAAGCACAAAGUUAAAGCACUGAACUUUCUCUGUCACUCAGACAACUGCAUAAAUUUCAAUUUGGAAACACUUAAAACAAUCACUAUUACAUGAUGUUGCAUAAGCCAUGUUUUUCUUGCCAUAAUUAUUUAUCGAUUCUCUUCAUGAAAUGAAGAUUAGUCAAGUAUACAUAUCUUUUCUAAAUAAAUUUUUGUACAAAGUUAUGAAAUUGUAUUGACUGCUAGCAUGCCUUUGCAUGCCUAAAUUUAAUGUGCCAUUACCUCUUGAUUAACUGCCCUGAUAGUAAUCAUCAAUAAUAUCAAAAGGUAUCACAUAUCAGCCAUAUUAAUUGCUAUGCAUGACAGUUUAUAUACAAAAAUUUGAAAACUUUGAGCUAAAAAAAUAUAUUCACAUAUGUAAAUAUUAUUAUUUGCAUUUCUGAUCAUUAUACAAAAUUACAAUGUGGUUGGACUGAUGAAGAAAUGUCUUUCACUGCCUUUCACUUAAAUUGUUGAUAAAGUACAUAAUCUAGUCUAGUUUUCUCUAAAACUUACAAAAUGUUGUAUCAAGCUUUUUUGAAUAUUAAUAAUCAAGACUGCUUGAGGAACUGGUAUUUAAUGUAACAUUUCCUGAAAAAUAAUUACAGGUGCAGAAACCUUUCGUUUAAAAACCUUGGGAUCAGUUGUUUCAAAUAUAGAAUUUUUUUGUUUCGAGAUUUAGUGGUUGGCCAGUUCCACUGUUUUACUGUUUUACACCUACUCUGAUUUGGUCUUAUAUCAUAUGUCAUCCCAAAAAUUAUUGGUCCUUAAUUUUAUGCAAUCUUUUAUUCAAUUUAUCUUUGUAUUCAGGCUCCAAGGUCAAGAAUGUAGGUGUUUUGUAUUAGAGGUUAUAUACAUAAUAUUCAACAUUGUCUCGUACUUUAUCUCGUAUUCGAUUCUAAGUUGUUUUGCAUUCAAAGCUGUAUUAUACUUGAUUUCGUCAAUAUAAUCGAGAUUGUCUAAUGUUUAUUAUUGUUGUGUAUUCAGAGUUAUCGUACAUUCAAAGUCAUAUUAUAUUCUAGGCAGUCAUAUAUUUGACGUUGCUUGUAGGCCUGUGCGAAUUGCCAAAAUUUAUUAUUCAAAUUCGAUUUGAUUUCAAACAGACUUUAAAAUCACGAAUAUUCAUUUGUAUUAAAAGUGUAGUGAAGCUGUUAAAUAUCUCCCCUAAGAUUCCUUCCCCCACAAUUGGCCCUCUUUCCUGGAGCUCCACUCCUCGGGAAAGUGGCGAUGGGGAUUUGAGACAUUUGUCAGGGUCUCGGUGGCCAUCUCUUCGCAAGGCAGCCGAGUUGCGAGAGGCGCAACGAAGUCUUUCAAAGGUGUUACAAGACAGGUGUUCUCCGCCAGAGUAUGCCCAAGUUCGGCAGACUUUAAAUGACUAAUCGAGACAAUUUCUGGUGCAAGGCAGUUUAUUGUGCCCAAAAAACACACACUGUCAGCUGCCCCUACAGUGCCAGUUGAGUAAUGGAACACUAAACAGAAUGGGAUGUUGAACAGCCUGCGGCGACCUUGCAGUCUUCUAGUAGUGCCGGCCGCACAAUGCCGCUGAGAGGCGUCGGUAUACAUACGGACGGUCGAGCGGCAGUUACCUAACUUUCAAGAUAGUGCACCACGAUAUUGUCAAGAUUGUGCACCACAGUGCGCCUGGAAAUGGAUGGCCGAAACCUUUCAGAUGUUCUAAUCGAUUGCAGACAGGCGUUAGUGGUGUCGGGUAGGCUCUUGUAGUUGAAGGGUGUGGGACUUGGAGUGCAGGAAGUUUCGGCUGUUGGUGGGCGAGACGAGUUGAGGCACAGCGUUCCGAAAGACGACGAGUCAUCGGCGACUGAGCGAUUACCGGCGAUCACAGCUGCCGCGCCCUCUUUUAUCGCAAUUCUGGCUGUGAGGAAUGUACCCAAUGGGGAGGGAGAGCAAUGCUGAUUGGCACACAUAUUGAGUAGAUGGUGGAGGGAGGGGAAAAGGCGCUGCACUUUUUCUCUCCCCUCGUGCGAGACUUGGUGGUCCAAGGUCACGCAGCAGCAAUGAGCCAGGUGCAUUUUGUGCAGCUACACUCGGCCGGUGCGGUGGCCCUGAAGAGGGGAGAGGGGUGAGGAAAUUUUUGUCUGCUGACAUUUUUGGUGCGAGGCACUAAUUAACCUCAUGUAACUAUCAAAUUUGUGUUUAAAAUUCAUUGUACAAUAUAAAUGCAUAUAUUACAUUUUCAAUUUAUUGAUUGGCUUGGAGAUAACUACCCAGAGUUUGAUUACAACAUUUGCACAGUUAACAUCAAAACGGUUGAGGUCAGACUAAUGGACUGAUUGUAAGACGGAAAUUGUUUGAUAAGUUGAAAACAAGGCAUUUUGCAAACACAUGAAAAAAAUAAUCCAUAAAAAUUAUAAGGCAUACUACUUUUAUAGUUGGGUAAUUAUAAAUAUUAAUGUUCAAUCCAUGUAUAAUUAUUUGUAAGUUGAUGUUGAUAUUUGUAUUUUAGAAUAUUUUGAUAUUUUUAUUUGAAUUUGAUUCAAACUAAAAAAAAAAAAAAAACACUUGUAUUUGCACAGGGCUAGAUGCUUGUAUUUGAGGUUGACUUGUAAGUGAAACAUUUUCUAGGUCAUGUUCUUAUUUUUGAAAUUUUUUAAUAUUUGCUAUAAAUUUAUAUUAUGGAUGGAACGUAUUAUACUUAUUAUUAUCUCAUCUUAUGAUUUUUUUAUAUUGUCAUAUAUUCAAGAUCAUUUUAUAUUCGUGAUUGUCUUGUAUGUGAGAUUGUGUUAAUUUAAAUACUGACUCAUCUUUGAAGUCACCUAGUAUUUGAGGUAAUCUUAGAAUUUGUUUGUAUGAUACUUACAUUUGAUAAUUGUUAGGGGUUGCAAAAUUAGCAUCUAUUUUUUUUCCCAAAAUUAACAUCUAUUAUUGUGAAUUUAAUAAUUUUGUUGUAUUUAAUUAACUUAAUAUAUAUAUAUUUUAAAAUGUUUCUAAAAUAAAACUUGAUACUUAAAUACAAAUAACCUACAAAUAACUCUUAUUUUUACUUAAAAAAUUGGUAAUGCUUUAGGCUAGCAAAUUUUAAGUCGCAGGUUUAAUCCAUUCAAUCAAAUGGAUUAAUUUGGUGGAGCUUAUAUUUGGAAGUUAUUUAAGAUACAAGUAAGUUUCUUGACUGCAUCACAGACACUUGGCAAUACCGUAUUACAAAUCAUGCUGGUCAUGAAAAUUAAUAUCCAGAACAAUUGUCAUAAAAUCACCACAUGGGUCAAGUGUAACAUUUGGAAGAAAGCCAAGUACCUGUAGUUCUGCUGAAGCGAAAUGCAAGUCUGCAGCCUGUCUAGUUUUAAUCUUAUUAGCCAUCUGUGAGAUGAGAGAAUUAGUGGCAAAAAUGGUGGAUGUGUUGUGUUUGUGUAUUAACUGAUGUGCUGAUAAGUCUUAAAACAAGUAAAUCUUUUGUGAUCCCGAAAUUGUUCUCGAUUUUGGGGAUUCCGCACAGCCCUAAACAAAAACGACUGAAUAUUCGUUUUUUCAAAGUGUUAGUUUUCGAAAUUGAAUUGAAUAUGAAUACUGAACUCUUUGUUUGGAUCUUUGAAAAUUUGAAUAUAAUCGCACAGGCCUGAAUAAUGCUGUCGGGCAUUGAGAAGCGAUCUGCUAGUUGCCAUAAUGUUCUGAAGUGGCCAGCUCAAGAAAGUGGCGUGCUUGAUGUGUUAUCGUGAGGGUGAGGUUGCAUCAUCGUGCUUUCUCAAAGUGUUCAAGGCCAUUGUGGUAUGUGUUUAAGUUCUAGAAAGUUCAGGUGUCUUUUUUGUGUCUCCACAAUUAUGUACAUACAUAUUUAUUUUGUAUCAUGGUGAUGAUUAUGUAUUCAAAUGAAAUGUGCAUUAUAAGAGGAGAACUUGGAACUAGUCGCUCUUGUGGUGCUAUAACACUUUUUUUUAAUAUCAUAUCUGAGUGAUUUAUUAUCACAUGUUUAUGUACCUAGUUUUAGAUAAUCAGCCAUCUAAGGAACCAUGUUGCCCCAAGUUAUCUUUGAAAGGUAUAAACUUUAGCUGCACAUAAAAUGCAAUGAACUGCUUGUCAUUUGUUUUCACAUGAGUGUAAAUUCUGUAUUUUUUUUUUUUAAUGUUAAAUAAUCGUUCAUGUAUUUUUCUGGUUCUAAUUGUUAUUUCCAUUAUUUUGAUUUGGUUCACUUUUCCUUUUUCGUAUCAUACCACACCUUUUCUUGUCUGUUCUAAUUCUAACUGUUCCUCAUAAAACUGAUUGAAUAUGAUUGCAACCAUUCCAUCUCUCUCUCUUUUUUUUUUUUACAUAUAUUUGGUUGGAAAUUGUACGUACUUGUGAAAUAGAAUGAUCUUACUAGAAGAAGAACAAUAGUUUUAUGUGCUGACUUACUUGAGGAGAUAAGGUAAUUUAUGUUUGGAUGGAAGGUAUGUGACUUUUCAAUUCACGCCAUUGUGAGCUCAUUAUUUCGCAAUAGAUUUCAAUGAUUACUUUGCAGUUUUUGGUGUUUUUUUUUUUUUUUUCGUAAUUGCAAGUCUGACGAAGGCUGUUCAAACAAAAAAAAAAUUCCUACCUUCAAUGGGUAACAAAAUUGUAGCUUGAGAAGGUGACUGCUUAACACAGUAGUUUGGUUGUAUAAACUUUCAUACAUACGGUAUGCGUGCAUGUAGUUUUGGAAUGAUAGUUUUGUAUUAGAACUUUAUCUGUGGAAUAGAUAAAUGUGUCAUUUUAUCCAAACCAUUGCAUCAUAGGUCGUAUUUUCCUUCAUUUUUACAUUUGGUAUUAUUUUGCAUGUCUAAUUUAUGCAUGCUUAUUAAUUAUUGCUCAGUUUGUAUAUAAGCUAUACUUUCUUUUUGUUUGGUUGAUGCGUCCAUUUAUUUGUGGUGUGGUUAUGGUCAUACCUAUUUCCAGUAGAGGUCUGCGAGUAUUCGACAAAUAUUCUAAAUUCGUGAAUAAUUAAAUAUUCGAUUCAAUAUUUCAUUAAGAAUCUUCCAAAAUUAUUUCUUAUUAAUAUGGGACUUACAAACAAAAAAAAAAUUAUUGAUAAAAUCUAACUUAUGAGGUUAAGAUGAUUUAUUGAAAAAUUUAGAUUGAUUUUCUCACCAUUAUCCACACAGGUUUUUGUAUUGAACAAAUUAUCAGUGAUUAUGAUUUUAAAAUAUUAUAAUUUAAUAAUACUCUAUUUUAUGUAUACAAACAGUGAUAACUACUAAACAAAUUUCAAAUUUCAAAUUUAAAAUUUAGCUGGUUUAAGAUAAUGUAUUGUCAGGUCUUAUUUAUUUUUUUUAAUUUCCUUCAUUUUACACCUCUUUAUCAUGGUUCUAUAUAUAUUUCUCUUUUUUUUAAAUUUUCAUUUUACUUUAUUUUGGAUACAUUUUUCUCGGACUCCUGUGAAGUGUGAAGAUGAAACAAAAGUUUCGAUAUAUGUUCAAAUUCAAUUAGAAAAAUAUUUAAUAUAUGUUUGAAUAUUGUGAUAUUCAAUUAAAAAUUCUAUCCAAAUAAAAAAAAAGUAUUCGCAGAAGCCUAAUUUUCAGCCUUUUUUCUCCCCCCUUAAGACUCAUUAUAGUGACAACUGACAAGAAAUUGAAUAUGUUUGUGAAACCUGCAGUAUAGUUUUAUUUCAUUUUUAUUUUCAAGUUUGCUUUUCAGUAUAAGACUAGUGUCAUAUGUACUUGUGAAAUUUAAAACUAGAUUAGAUUUAAGAGGUUUAAUAUAAACUUGAAUGUAUUAAGGUAGUUUUGGGAUGAGUAAUAUGCUAUAAUUUAUAUAUAAAAAAAGCUUUCGGAUUCAACAGAUUGAGAAAUUUUAAUACUAUAAACACAAAUCAUUAGAAUAAAUUUUUAGAUUUAUGGUUUCAGUAUAAAAAAAAGUGUUUAAUAUAGAAUAUUUUUUACUAACCACCAUAUUUUGAUGGGUACUUGUAUCCAAAGGUAGCAAAUGAGUGGAAAGGUAGGGUAAAUCAUUACUCAUUACUGAAAUAAAAAUGCUGCCAAUAUAAGAUCUCUAGUUAUUGAAUACCUCCGACUUAAAAAAAUUUCUUCAUGUUGAAAUUUUACUUAAAUUUUUACUUUUUACGCUACCCAGAAACUUGAGUAACACCAUCUUUAUUCUACAUUCAGGUUUUUGCAACCAAUAUUUUUUUUAAAGAUAUUCUUGAAGUUGGCGAUACUGCUUAUUUGUGUUGACACAGCACUUUGUAGUGCGUCUCAUCCUUAGAUUGCAGAGUGCGUUUAAAGGAUAUACACUCUCUUUCCGAUGCACCAUUUCUACCAUUAGCGCUGUCCUUGUGUGCUAUGUUGUCAGAUCUACGCCAUUGAGUAGAAACAUUUCAGACUCAACUUUGUGAUGUAAUGAAAUUUUUUUUAAAUAUGUUUAUGAAACAUUGUAUUUUGUAAAGUAUAGUAAAAUUUGCAAUGAGAAUUUUGGAAAUACAUAAUUCCUGUUGUAUUUCAAGAGCAUCUUCUAAUAAUAUUCAUAAUUUAUCUCUUAAGGAGUGGUAAUUGAAAGCUGUCAUCUUGUUUUCAACUUUUUAUUUAACAGUUUUCUUUUAUGUGAUUUAAAUAAAUAAUUGUAGCUUUUUUUGAGCACAGCGCCUAAUUUUAUGAAAUACUUUGUUGUUAAUAGUGACGGACUGGCACAAAUAGUAUCUCCUGUGAAAUAAUAAUUGGUGUUUAGGAUUGAAUUAUUUUUUUAUAGAGUGACAAAUGUGAUAAUACUGCCAAUAGACACAAAUUUAUAGUCUUCAAAAAAAUAUCAACAAACAGUAAAAUAAAAAAAAUAUUAAAAGGUAUUAAAAUUAAAAUAAUAAUUAAAAUUGUUAGUGUUAACAAGUCAGGUAUUGUGUAUCUGACUAUAGUGGUCGCCAUUUUCUCUGUACUGCAAUCUAAGCAUGAGACAGUGAGGAUUUAGGCCCAUUCUUAAUUAUAAUAAUCUUCCUGAACAUGUGGUCUUAUUGUCCGGUACAGAGUAAUAGUAAACAAGAUUAUAAUUACUCACUUGUUUACUUUUGGAAAAGGUAUGAUGAUAAACAUUGUUUAGUAUGCUUAGUAAAGUACAUUUUCAUUAGUAUUUUAUUGGUAAAUUUUAAAAAUUACGUAUGAAAUGAAGUGCACAUGUAGUUAGUGAUUUUCAAGAGGAUUUUAAAUGCCAUUACCCACAUACUGUUACACUAAAGUGAUACACUUUCAUUCCAUUUUGUUUUUAUUACUGAAUGUGUGAUUCAAUAAAUUUUUUUCUUUAAUAGAGACGUACACAUUUUCUGAGCAUUAUUCCUUAGGUAGCUGCAAUACUAUGACUAUAGUGUAUUAAGUAAGGCACAGUUUUUCUUACGUAAAAUAUUGACGUUUAAAAUAAUAAAAUGCAAUACAGUGUUUUUGCAUAAUGGUAAUUUUUAUUACACAAAAUAUUAUUAAUAUAAUUAGUCAAAAAGUUGAAAAUGCUGAUAUUGAAACUUUGUAGUUUACAUAACCAUGAAUGUUGCUGUGAAAUAUUUUUAAACUUUUAAACACAGUAAAUAUUUCAUUUCAGUUGCUCUCUCAUUUUCCAGCAACAUAGUGAUGAGAAAUGUAGAGUGGGAAGUAAUUAAGGGCCCUUUUUAAAUACGAAAACAAUUUUAGCAGUAUUGGUGAACACUAAAUAACAGAAAUGUAUUUGUAUGAUUUGUGUAAUCUCAAAGUUUUUGUAUUGAAUAAAGUGUAAUAUGUGUAAUUAUUAAUUAUAUACCCUGAAAAUUUGUGUUAAGAAAAGUAGUUUUUACCAUGACAACUGUACAAAUACUACAAAAGUUGUCAUAAAACAUUUUUUGUAAAUACUUGUAUGUUAUUUUGAGGUGAGAAAAAAAUUAUACAUUUUUUUUUACUAGAAGUAAAGGUUAGUUAUGUUUUCUCCUAGAAUAUGUAUUUUAUGUACAUUAAUUGUAAAAAAAAUACUUAGCUUGCAUAACAUUUUGGUAAAUUAUGUUUUAUCCGUAUCAGAUGUGCCAAAGAUUAUAUGCAUUGUAUAGUUGUAACAAAAUUUAAGAGACACUAUUAUGAGUAGACUUCAUGAAAAGAUUGAUUGUGCAACCAAAAAAUAGGCAUUGGGUAUAAACUUAUACAAGAAAAGUUAAUGAAGUUCAUUUUCAUUUAAAAUUGAUAGCCAAAUCAAAGUAAAUUCCUAUAUUACUACCUUGCCUGUGUUUUGGAUGAAUAUUUUUUUUUUUACAUUUGAGAAUUGUGUUUGUUUGAUAACUCUGUUUCUAGAAUAUAAUUCAUAUUCCUGUAUAGAACCUGAGGCUCAUAGGUGUUUGUUGUUACCCUUCAGUUGGGUGGUUGCAUAUUUUGUAAGUUCAGCCGUGCCAAAUUUUAUGAAAGCAAUAUUUGUGUAAGGCUGUUAGUUUUUUAAUUGUAUUUAAUUUUGCACGGCAAGUUUGAAAAUUUUGUGGAACAUUGUUAUGAUAUACUUAUAUACAUGUGGUAAAAAAAUUUAAAUCACGUUACUUUAAGCAGACAAAUGCUAAUAUAAGUAUAUAACAUUAAUCAUGCUUUCGAAUCUGUGCUGACUGAACAAUAUACGGGCUUGUAAGUGAUUGUCGUGUGAUGAGAACAGCUGUAUUUUGACUCUGCCACUAGAGUUGAUGCAAGCAAAUUGAAACUGCACUGAUUGAUAAUGGCUGUGCUGAGGAUUGUAUUAAGGGGACUUCCUAGUAAAAUAUUUUCUAUAAAAUAUGUUUUUGUCCCUUGAACAUUUUAUCAGCAAAUAGUAUUACUAGAAAACAUUUUUUUAUAAACAUAAAAAAAUAUGUCUUUGAUUUGAGUUAAUUAAUUUUUUGUGUUCAUAAAUGAAAACAUUGUUGGUAAGAAUGACUAUAAAAAUGAAAUUUUUUACACAUUAUCUGUGCAGUUCACACAAGAUGAGUGAGGAAAAUUUGCAACUGUACACCAGUUUACAUUUUAGCCUCCAUUUUGUCUGACAAUAUUCUAUCAUCACUGAUAAUCAUUUCAAGAAAUCAGACAAAGUAUCGCAUGCUGAAACAUAGCCAGCUUUGCACAAGGUUUUUAUUUUUAAUGGAAGUUCCAUUAAGUCACAAAGUAAAAAGAUACACAAAAUAUAAAGUAAACCACAAACCAAGAUAAUUGUAUUUUAACUUAAGUAAAUUGAAUAAUUUUUUGGUUCUGUUUGGUGCUGCUAUAUUGAUCGAAAUUGUAUUCCAAAAAUGAAUGGUAGUUAAAGCAGUACUUUACUUAAUAUACAGCCCGCUAGUUGUUUUCUCUCAGUUCUGUUUCAAUUGUUAUUAAUUAGACAAUUUUUGAAAAUAUGUUUUAUGUACAAAAAUACUAGUGCCCUUUUUAUGUACUUUUUUCCUUUGUUGUUUGUGAUAAUGCAUUUGUUUUGCUACAAAUUUGAACUUUAGAAUUUUUGACUCCUGUACAUAACCAACAGCUGUGUCACUUGUUGUUUGAACUGUUGUACUUCACCGAGUGAGUGACUAAAUCAAAAUUUAAACUUUAUAAUUGUAAGGAUAGAACUGUCAUUUUUUCAUGAAUUAUCAUCCGUACUAUUUUGUAACAUAAAUGUAUUGUACCUGUAAGUUCUUAAGAUUUUAAAUCCUUUAGCGGUACCUUUGUUUAAAGCUGUAUUUUUGUAGUUGAUUGAUUAAUGAAUUACAUGAUUAAUCUGAGAAACUGCACAUCCAGCUUUAUGAUGCUUUAUGUCUACUUUACUACUCAGUGAAUCUGCAAAAUAAUCAUGCAUCAUAGCAUCAAAGAGAAAUGCUAACUCCUAGAAAUCAAACAGUGGGCAGAAUUAAUAAACCAUGUUGCAUCAAUUAGCAGGCAAAAUAGCCACCUAUACUUAUGUAACGUCACAAUGCAUGUGAUGAUCACAGAAGAACAACCCCACGUAGUCAAUUAAAUUUACUUAAGGGGAAAAGAUAAAAGUCUAAAGAUGCGAUCUCAGAACCAACUGUUUUAAAGAGACAAUUUUUUUAUCAUUCGUUAUUGAAUAUUUGUCUAUUAGGCUGAGAGUUCUCGUUAGUCUAUUUUAUGAGCCUGUCAAGAGCUGGGUUAUUAAUAAUACUUUUUACAAUUGUUGUCAUUCUUCUAAUGGAUUAAACUCUUAACCAAAAACCACUCACAGAAAUCUCUUAUUUGUUGUUUUGUCAACUGCAGGUAUUCCAUACAAUUAUAGAAUUAUUCGGUUCUAAGAUGCAUUCGUUUUGUCACUUUUUGAGAUCAGAAAAUUAGUUGCAUCUUACAGUUAAUGAAGUCUUACAUUUACAAAAUUUAUUAAACUAUAGGAUGCUUCUAUUUAUUGAGUUUUUUUUUUUAAUUGUGAGAAUAAGGUGGGGCUUAGAAUAUUGAUGACUUCCAGUUGUAAUUCAGGAUGUGGCACGAGGAACAGUGUUUACUAGUCAACUGUUGCGACAUAAAACAAGUAAUUGCCACCACACCAUUGUGUAUGAAGAAACAGAUCACUUUCAGGUUGUGAAAAACAACUGUAGAAUGUAUGUCAUUUUAUGUAUAUUCUGGAUUCACCAGACUUUCUGCUAAAUAGUUUUUCUCUCAUGUUCAGUAAUAAAGUGGUGACUUGUAAAGUGUUUAAGAAUUCCAUAAUAUGUAUUAGUGUGGUUAGGAUCUAAAGAUGCAGGAUCUAAAUAUAGUUUGUAGUAAGUAAGAAAAACGUUCUAAUAAGAAAGAGACUCUGUGAAUAAUUAAUUAUGUCUAUGAAAUCAAGAUUUGGGAUUAUCGCUCAAAAAAGAAUUUGAUUAAUUACAAAG